UGCCCCUUGCUGCAGCUGCAGAAAUGGGAUUUGUCCUCCCAUGAGUGUGAGCACAGUUCCUUGCUGUGUUACAGAAUAGUAAACUCUCUGCUGCUCAAUCAACUUUCUCCUGUGUGUCUCUCAUCUCUCUGCACUAUGUCUUUGCUAUCAGUGUUCCCCUGCCCCAUCCAGCCGGUGCAGGGCCCUUGCAACAACUUGUCCCUCGUUUUUGAGGUCUCACCCAGUAUCCUGGUCCACAGGGAGCUUUGCUGUGGGUCUGCUGGGUAAUGGCUUAAUGUUAAUGAUAUUCACUGUUUUGUUGGCAGUGUUUUUCCUUGUAAUGGGUAAGGUGAAACAGACAGGAUUUGCCAAAGCAGACCGUUCCGAGGCUGGUUGGUGCUUGGAGUGGGCAUUGUGGAGGAUAGCGGAGCUGUGCUGUCGAGUGCUGACACUUGCUCCAGUGGCUAUUUCACUUUCCCUGUCCUGUGCUCCAUGUGCGAGCAGGGAGGUCCCUGGGCCUGUGGCAGAGAGGGACAGUGGGUUCUCCUCUUCUGCCAGGCCUGCUGGCCAUUCCAACCAAUGCCUGCGGUGCAGUUGGGGCCUCUGAAAGACACUCCACCAGUUCCCUCAGUGUUCAUCGCUGCAGCCUGGGGCCACAUCCCCAGUAUGAUCUUUGCUGUAGACAUCGGCCAAGCAGAGUCUGUGCUCAGCAGCCACGAGAGCCCGGAGCUGGCUAAGGGGAGAGAGGCUGUUGAAUCAUGGGCUCACAUGCUGGAAGUGGCUGCAGCCCUUGUCCCCUUCCUGCCGCUUUGGCCAGGUCUGCAUCCACCUGGAAUGAGGUCAGGCAGUUACACAAAGCCGACCUGCGGAUGUGGGACUGGUCCUGUCACCACUGGCAUUGCCAUAAUUUCAUUAUCACCACCACUGGGCUUCCACAUGCUUGUUUUGGUUGCUCUAAAUUGUGAGCCACAGAAAUUGGAUGUCCAAAGGCCUGGUGUUGGAAAGAGCCCUGCAAUCUCGCAGGUUGUUCCAGAUGAUUUUCCCAAUGCGUGGAAGGGAGUCAGCACUGCCAACACUGGCAGGGCAGUACCAGUUGCUCUGCAGUCUGUCCUGUUCACCCAUGAUUAACAGCGACAGCAACGUGCGAUAAGCACCGGGCCGGCAGGUUAAGGCGUGGAGCUGCGAGGUAUGAGGCACCGGAUCUGCCAAAGGCACGGGCGGCUGGUGUAGGAAUUGCAUUGGAAUUGAGUCAUGGCCACGAGAGGACCCAGCCUGUACUCGCAGCGCAGUUCCUGCAGUGAGCCCGCUUCCCACACGGGCUUGGCAGCACAGAACUGUGCACCUUUCCGCUCCUGAGCCGUGUCCGUUGUACUGCCACCAUCGCUCUGAUGUGGCUGUGGUGGAGAGCUGUUGGAGCAGGGACUUUGCUUUUCAGUUUUCUUGUCAAGUGGCACAAACCUGAAAUUGUAGAAAUGAUGCUGAGCUCAAACCAACUGAUUUUUCUGGCCCCACAGCUGCAGGGUUAAACUUUGGCAUCUGAUCCAGUGGAUCUGAUCCAUUUGUGCUGGUGUGUUCUGGCCGGAUGGGUCUGAAGUUCUCCUAAAAUUUUGUCUGGGUGCAAUUCCAGAAAAAAUAAUUGAAUGGGGGAGGAAAAAAGUGCUCCUUAGACUUGCACUGGGUUUGGCAUGAAAGUGAUUCCCACUCUGCUCUCCCUUGCAGUUUUAACAGGGUAGUGAUGGGAAGACAAGAGCCUGGUGGUGCUGCAGCAGGAGUAGUGUCCAUCAGUUUGGAGCAUUCAUUCCCGCUGGUUUCCAAACACAGCAGCUCUCCAGAGUGACGACGCAGGCUCUGUGCGGCGAGCGCUGUGCUUCUGAGGGACAGGGCUGUCCCUGAGCUGGCGCUUUCCUUCUCUGCAUCCCAUUGAAUAACGCAUUGGUGCUGGAGCCCUGCUCGCUCCCAGCACACUCCUGGGAAGCAGGUGAUGUCCUGGCAGAGGCAGGGCUGGUGGUGGGACCAACACCAUCUGAAUGAUCCCAGGCUGGGAAUCUGCCCAAAGGCAGGAAGGAUGGGGAGCAGGUGCAGGCAGCCCUGCCUUUUCCUGCUUGGCAUCGCAGGGAGGCACCAGCAGUGUCCCUUGUACUGGGGCUGGGGAGGAUGGUUUGUCCCUGGGUGCUGCUGUGUGGCAGUGGUGGAGAGGUCGGACACAGCCUUUAGCAUGGUGGUCUGGAUUCCCACCAGGAGCAGCAGGAGGAAUCUUCCCUCCUGCAGCCAGGGCUGCCCCUUCCUUCCUUCCCAGUCCUGUGCUGUCCUCCCCGCAGCAUGCAGCGACUCCAGCUCCUGCUCCUGCCUCGUUGUGGGUGGAGAAUGGCAGCUGGAGCGGUUCUUUAGGAAACAGUAUUGCAGUAAAAGGUGGGAGGUUCCUCCAAGUCACCUGUGAGCGGCUUCCUCCCAUUCCCAGAACCCAGCAGGAACUUUAAAUUGCUGCCCAGCUCAGCCUGGGCCACUGGCUUGGCAGCAUGAGGGCAAGAGACAUCAUCCUGCUGGGACUCCUGGCCCUGGGGGCAGAGCUGCAGGCAGCACCCACCGCAGCACUCCUCAGAGCAGCCCCUGGCCAGUGCCCACCGCCACGGCAGCCUGGAAACACCGUUGUGGAGAACAGCCCUUCGCCUGGGAAAGAGCCCAGUGCGGUGCCCAGUCCACAGCCUGGCAGGGUCACCCCGGACGGGAAGGACCAGCAGCCGACUGGAGCUGAGCUGGGGGCUGCUGCGACACCCACGCUCGGGAAGAAGCCAGAGACCGGCAGGGAGCCUGUGACGGGGAACAGACCUGCACUGUCUGGGCGGCCAGACACCGGGAAGAAACCUAGUUCAGGGAAAAAUCCGGCGUGUGGGGGGAAGAAUGAGACGAAGGAAAAGCCAGAGGAUUUACCAAAGCCAGAGACUGGAGGGAAGCCGGGGACCGGAGUGAAACCUGAGACUGUGGUGAAGCCGGGGACUGCGGAGAAGCCAGAGACUGGAGGGAAGCCGGGGACCGGAGUGAAACCUGAGACUGCAGAGAAGCCAGAGGCUGGGGGGAAACCGGAGUCGGGAGAUAAACCAGAGUCAGGAGAGAAGCCGGAGAGUGAGGGGAAGCCCGAGGCAGGAGAGAAGCCCGAGUCUGAGAAGGGUGAUGAGAGUGAUGAUGACAAUGAUAAUGAUGAUGAUGAUGAUGGUGACGACGACGAUGACGAUGAUGAAAACGAGCAUGGUGAUGAUAACGACAAUGGUGAUGAUGAUGGUGACGACAACGACGGUGAUGACGAUGACAACUACGAUGACAAUGAUGACUAUGGAGAUGAUGACAGUGAUGGUGAUGAUGAUGAUGGCAGUGAUGAUGAUGGUGGUUGGGAUGGUGAUUAUGCUUGGUGACCAAUGCCGCAGGGUGUGUGAUGAGCGUUUGGGGCGAGGAGAGCCUGCAAUGGGUAGGAGCAGGGACAGCUCCCCCAGCCUCCUCCUCCGCCUCACUCUGCCAGGGCCAGUGCCAGGCACUAUCGGUGUUUUGGGCAGGACUUUCUCUUUCCUAAUAAACC